AUGUCAUCGGAGGAGAACGCCAAGGAAGUGCCAAAAGAGGUGACGACAGGCUUCAUAGUCAGACGACAGGUGAGGGACUCAGAGAGCCGGUCUCGCGAGAAAACUAUUUGCUUGGGAAAUUCCAAGUGGUUGCCGUUCCAGUCAUCGCCGACUAUGAUUCAGCGUUCAACUCCUUGCAGGUGGAGAAGAAUAACUUCUCUGCCGUCCAGCCGACCACGCCGACUUCGCGUGGAGGGAGCAGUGCGGACUGUGAUGGUCCUCAGGGCUUCAAUGGUUGGUUCUGGGUCCUGCACAGUGCCGCGCCAAACAUAG